UUGUGUUUGUAAAAUAUUGUGCACGUUUUCUCCUUGUCAUCUUAAAAAACUAACAUUUAUUUUUUGUUAGAAACUUUAGCGUGUAUGCACUAAAAUAUUUCGAAACUCUUUAUUAUUAGUGAUUCGCACAUGCAUCAAUAGACAAAUUCGUUUGUGUAAAUCUAAAGUAUAGUCGCUGUACUCCGCUGUAGGCCUACUCAAGUUAGUGACAGGGAGUGGCAGUAUUCCGAGUAUAGUAGUAUACAGUCAGUCAAAACUUGUUUGACAUCAGAUCGGGAGAUAUGGCACCAUUUCGAUUUCGUAUGCCACGGUAUCUCUUUCCAAUAAGUCUUUUAGGAACCGCAGCUGGAGGCAUUGUACUGUUAAAGGACUACAUGGGAGGAAAAAGAUACACAGGCACUGAAAGAAUGGCUGGUAAAACGGUGAUAGUCACUGGAGCCAACUCUGGAAUCGGUAAAGAGACGUGCCUAGAACUGGCCAGAAGAGGGGCAAAGGUCAUUAUGGCAUGCCGUAACCUUGAGAGCUGUGAACAAGCAAAAGCUGAAAUUGUGCUUGAAACAGCCAAUCACAGUAUUCACUGUCGACGACUGGAACUGGCUUCUCUUGCAUCGAUUCGAGCAUUUGCUAAAUACAUUAAUGCAAAUGAAUCUCACUUAGAAGUGUUGAUCAACAACGCUGGUAUAAUGGGGUGUCCAAAGUCGUUGACAGAGGAUGGUUUUGAAAUGCAGCUUGGCGUUAAUCACUUAGGUCACUUUCUGUUAACGAAUCUUCUCCUGGAUUUACUGAAGAAGUCUGCACCAAGUAGAAUAAUCACAGUAUCGAGUAUCGCCCACAAGUGGGGAGAUAUCCACUUUGAUGACCUGAACUCUGUUAAGCAUUAUGACCCACGAGCAGCAUAUGAACAAAGCAAACUGGCAAAUGUUCUUUUCACGAUAGAAUUAGCAAAACGGUUAGAGGGCACUGGUGUGACAGCUAACUGCCUUCAUCCAGGCAUUGUAAAUACUGACCUUAGCCGACACAUGUCCAUAUCAAAGUCGGUGGUUUCUGGAGGAAUUCUGUCUCCUCUGAAAUGGUUUAUCAUGAAGACACCCAUACAAGGUGCCCAAACUACGCUCUUUCUGGCCAUCGACCCAAGUGUUGAGAAAGUAUCUGGCAAAUACUUCAGUGACAUGCAUGUCAAAGACAUUGCACUACAGGCCAAGGACGAAGCUGCUGCCAAGAGACUGUGGGCGAUCAGCGAGAAGUGGACUCGAUUAUCAUCACGCAGCCAGUCAGGGGGAGAUGGACAGAAUGGUACAGGUUCUGUGAUACAGUCAAACCUCUCAAAACCGGAACCUGUGUAAACCGGAAUUCCCGUAAAAGCAGACAUUUUUUUCACGGCCCCUUUUAUAAGAUCUGUUCAGAAGAGAACCUCUCUAAACCGGAUACCUCUUAAAACCAGACCUUUUACUUGGUCCCAUAGGUGUUUUACUGUAUAAGACAAUAGUUUGAUGCAAUCACAUUUUAAAUCUGGUGCUGGCUGACUACUUUAUGUUGGGGAUUUUUCACUAUGCAGGCGCAUGUCCAGGAAAUCGUGCAGGGUGGGUCUGCUUCACCAGAAAAUAUAUUCAACAAAAGAAGAUUCGCUUAGAGCAGGGGGGUUCAAUACCCACCCUCCCUGCUACCACGAAAUCUUGUCAGUAAUGUAUGUCAUGAAAUGUUAUGUCAUUUAAUGGCAGUUGCCUAGUUAUUUCUUCUGUUUGUGUACAGGCAAUUGUUACAUGGCUUCUUCGGGGUUAUGAGCCGGACCUUCGGAGUAAUGGACCUUCAGAAUAUAGACAUGCCAUCCUUUGGUUCGUUUGACUUAAGUAAAUAGACCAAAUUUGGAUAUUUAUGUCAGGUACAAAGGUUUUUUUGUGUUAUUUUUUCAGUCCUACAUAUAUGGACUAAAUAUAAUAAGUUGCCUGUGUGUGCAGUAGAUUUAAAUCCUGCCAACAUAUACUUUUUGUGUUUAUAUGUUAUGAAAAGUUCUUUAUAGACAGUUAGCUACUAACUAUAUUGAGCUGUAUUAAAAAUGUGUUUGUAAUAUUAAAUCUGCUUUUAAGACAGUUGGCUACUUUAUAAAAGUGGCCACUUAAGCAGGUUUGAAAUUCAUAGUGUGGGCUUGAUGAUAUUCACUUUAUCAAGCUUACUGACACAGUAGUUAAACUAUCAGGUUAUCAUAUGGCAUUGGAUUUGUACCAAAUACUAAAGUAAAUGUCAGAUAAUUUCCACACCAUCAUUUUUGCUACUAUACAAUAAAUAUAAUACCUAAUGGUAACUUUUUAAUGUUAUAUUUAACAAAUUGUACAGUUAUUUCUUUGAUAUUUUUAAUCUUGGACUUGAUAGGUCAAAUUUACAAAGCCUGUUUUUGUCUUAAACGCAUGCAACUAAUUUCCACACCAUUGUUUUUGCUACUAUACAAUAAAUAUAAUACCUAAGGGUAACUUUUUGAUGUGUUAUAUUUAACAAAUUGUACAGUUAUUUCUUUGAUCUUUUUAAUCUUGAACUUGAUAGGUCGAAUUUACAAAGCCUGUUUUUGUCUUAAACGCAUGCAACUACAUACAUUUACAAAGCUUAAACACCUGCUUUUACGAAAAACAGGCUUCAUAAAUUCAGCCCAAUAUUUUUUGGUAUAUGGUAGUAAAAAAAAAUGAUAGUGCAGAAAUUAUCAUGGACUUUAGCUCUGGAAAUAUGUAUGCCCAUUAAACCAAUUUGUCCUUUACUAACCAAUGUUCUUUUUUUUUUUAAGACAUUGAAUCAAGAAGCUGCUCAGAUGUGCCAGCAACAUGUUAAAAUUGUUUGCACUAUAGCACAAAAAUAAAGUAAAAUAAACUUUUUUUUUGAUAGGAAUAUAAUUUACAAAUCACCAACAGUUAAAACAUUUGGACAGAUGAUGAUCCCUCAUUAAAUAUUUUGUUGUGUUAGGCUGUUGUAUCAGAUAUUUAGAAUACAAUGUAUGUUUUAUUUUUAUUACAUGGAUUAUUGUAAAAAAAAAAAAUUAUGUUUUAAGAUGUAUGUAUCAUAUAAUGUGUUCACACUUACAUUUGUAUUUAAUAGUAUUUAUUUUACCUAACAAAUUUAAAAAGUGAAAAUACUAUAAUAAAUUUUGUGAACGAU